AUGUCUUUCGUAGUCUUCAUCAGUGGGAUUGGAAGAGGCUUUGCGGAAGCCUAUCUUUCUCGACCAAACCACACGGUCAUUGGGAGCAUUCGGGAAACUGCUGCUUCGACGCCCGCCGUAGCAGAAUUGCGGUCGUUCACGCCUGCCAAUGGUUCCAAGCUGAUGCUUGUGACCAUUGAGAGCAAGUCUCCGACCGAUGCUGCAAACGCCUUGAAAGAGGUUGCCGACUCUGGCAUCGACCACCUGGAUCUCGUGAUAGCCAAUGCUGGAGGGACACCAGUUCCAACAACGCCGUUUGAGAGUGUUGAGGCUCAUGAGAUGAUUAGAGAGUAUCAAGUCAAUGCAGUCGGACCUCUUAUGCUAUUCCAGGCAUGUCGACCGCUGCUCCAGAAGUCUCAAUCGCCAAAAUGGAUUUCUAUUUCCACAGGCGGAGGCUCUAUCACUCUUAUGGGGACAAUUCGCUCCUGGGACGGUGCUGCUUAUGCAGCUGCGAAGGCUGCUCUAAAUUGGAUCACUCGAGCCAUACAUUUCACAAAUGAAGGCCUUACUGCUAUUGCCAUCAACCCGGGGCUUGUUGGGACCGAUAUUGGCAACUGGAUUGCCAAGGAGUGGAAGAUACCGCCUACGUACACCAUCGAGGAAAGCGUUACAGGCAUGAUGAAAGUGAUCGAUGGCGCAACUCGUGAAGAAUCAUCGGGCAAGUUCUUCAGAAUGAAUGGUGAAGAACUCCCUUGGUAA